AUGCUUCUGCUCCCGACCCGCAGCCCUGCCCCCCCCCACCCCCCAGCGGAUCACUGCCUGUUAACGGGCCCGGGUCGCUGGCUGCUCCGGUCGGGCUCGGGCUCCUCGCGCUGCUUGCUCGCGCUCUGCCUCGGCUCACCUCGCGUGCUCAGCCCGUUCGGAUGCUACCGUAAAGACCCGAGGAGAGGCGCGCAGCAGGAACGUCAGUCAGUGUUUGCCGCCGUCGGCUCCGGUCACGUGACCCGUCAUGUGACCCAGGUGACUCUCCAGGUGUUCAGCCCUAAACCGUCUCCGUGUCUGUCUGUUCUGUCCACAGCUGGAAGAACCACCACCAACGAGGAGCUGGAGGACAUGUUGGAGAGUGGCAAGCUGGCCAUCUUCACCGAUGAUAUCAAAAUGGACUCUCAGAUGACCAAGCAGGCUCUGAACGAGAUCGAGACCCGACACACCGAGAUCAUCAAGCUGGAAAACAGCAUCCGCGAGCUGCAUGACAUGUUCGUGGACAUGGCCAUGCUGGUGGAGAGCCAGGGAGAGAUGAUCGACAGAAUCGAAUACAACGUGGAACACUCUGUCGACUACGUGGAGCGAGCCGUGUCUGACACCAAGAAGGCCGUCAAAUACCAGAGCCAGGCUCGCAAGAAGAAGAUCAUGAUCAUCAUCUGCUGCGUCAUCCUGGGCGUGGUCCUGGCGUCGACUAUCGGCGGCACGCUGGGCUUCUAA